UCCACUUUAAAACAAGAAAGAACGUUACAUCACGGACACACGCGCACCAAAGCCGACACCACCACAGCGCGCGCGCGCACCGAGCCGCGCACGGCACUCGGAAGCGGGAGGAGAUCGAUGGGGAGCAGCGGGGGCAGCAGCGAGCACUUCCUGCGGCAGCUGAGCUCGAGCGACGGCGGCGCGCCGCACCAGCUGCAUGAGUGGGAAUGCGGCGGCGGCGGCGGCGGCAGCAGGCGGGGAUCGCGCCGCUGGUCCAAGAAGAAGGCGAGGACACGGGGUCACCGCCGCGGCGGCGGGUUCUGCAGGACGGGGGAGGUCGCGGCAGAGCGGAAGCGGGUGAUGGUGGUGGUGGACCAGAGCUCUGGCGCCAAGCACGCCAUGAUGUGGGCGCUCACCCACGUGGCCAACAAGGGCGACUUCCUCACUCUGCUCCACGUCCUGCCCCCGCAGAGAAGCAGCGGCCGCGGAGGUGGAGAGGAAGCCUCCGCGCUCGCCAACUCGCUCGGCUCGCUCUGCAAGGCUUGCAAGCCUGAGGUGGAGGUGGAAGCGCUUGUGAUCCAGGGGCCCAAGCUGUCCACCGUCCUCAGCCAGGUGAAGAAGCUGGAGGCGUCGGUGCUAGUGCUCAGCCAACGCAAGCCCUCGCCUUUCUGCUGCUUCCUGCGGAGCCGCGGCGAGGAGUUGGUGGAGGAGUGCAUCAACCGGGCGGAGUGCCUGACGCUGGCGGUGCGGCGGCAGAGCAAGGGCAUCGGCGGAUACCUCAUCAGCACCCGGUGGCAGAAGAACUUUUGGCUCCUCGCUUGACUCACAAGGCCUCCUGCUGCGACUGCGAUGGAAAUGUUACUGCCAAGGCUUAGCUUUUACAAGGCCAAUAAGUAAAUGCAUCUGUACCUUUACAAGGCCAAGGCGUAGCGUGAUCUGUGUGUGUGAAGCUGUGAUGUGUUGUUGUAUUCUAUGAUUCUAUCUACCCUCUUGGUUAGCUGUAGCCUUCCCUCACUUCGCUGUUGCGGGCGUUGUAAAGCCAAAAGCUGAUCCGUCCGUUCUCGUGGUGUCAGUUUGUUUGAAGAGCAGGAGUGCAGGACGGACGUUGCAUAAACUACGGUUUGUAUUUGUGCGAUGUGUUUGUUUGCUUGCUAAGUACUACCAUAUAUCUGAGGUGUUUGACCAACUGUC